GCUGGUGUUCACUCUUCAACGUGCACCGUUUCCAGGUCGACGGAAACAGUGAUCGAGAGUUCGUUUGGGAGGCUUUCCCAGGUCUCAGGGAACUCGGCCGGGAAGCAGUGGUUCAUCUGGGUGCAUGCCCACGAACAAUUACAACGUGGAGGAAGUCAUUGGUGGGAACAUCAAUACAUCGGAGUAACAAAGCAAUAAUACGAGUUCUUAACUUAUUUGGCUCGGUGCAACCAGAUCUGCAUUAGCAGAAAAGGUGUACAGUAACUCCGCCUGGAACUGUACAGAUGGACUCAAUAAGUACAACGAUUCAGUCUCACUUCCAUCCGGAGACAGCAGCUGGUGUUCACUCUCCACCGUGCACCGUUUCGAGGUCGACGAGUUCGUUCGGGAGUCUUUCCCAGGUCUCAGGGAUCACUCUUCGACCAGCUGGAUCUUCAUCGCAUCGUGUGUUACUGCAGCUGCCACCAUCGUCUUCAGUCCUCGGAGCUGAACCCUCAGGUUCCCUACACUCACAUGCUAAUUGAGUCACGCAUAUUAUACACUGUCUGCAAGCCCCGUGUCAAAGAGAGCUGGGUUCGAAACAACAUGAAAGUGAUUUGCCCUUCCUAAAUUCACUCUUGUCUUCCGAGCUGCCCAGCUGGGACUCUAAGAGACGGGUAUGCCUCGGGGCCCGAUUGCCUCCACCGCAGGACAACGCGGGAGUAUCACUGCCUGCAAUUGUGCCAAAAUUCCCGAGGUCGAAACAAUUAGCAUCGGUUUCCAUCUACUGAAUUGAUAAGUGCAAGCUUAAAUGGACUCACUCAGGAGCGUGCGCGCAGCAGUGGGUCGAGCAGCAGAACACUUGCUGUCCAUUCAACGAACAACAGAGCCUUUCUGGUGUGCUGAAUUCGAGUUCAAUGUAUCUGCCACGUCUAUGUAUGUAAUGCUUGCGCAGAUUUUGGGACUACAUCUCCCAGAAGAGAGGGAAAAAAAAAUCAUAAAUUAUCUCAUACAGCACCAGAAAUCAGAAGAUGGAAGCUGGUCGAUGGCAUUCGGUAUCGAGGGAGACAUCUCCUUGACAACAGAAGCCUACCUAGCGCUCACGAUCCUCGGACUGGAUGCCGACGACUUCGUUCUAAGCAAGGCGAAGUCAUUUAUACUAUCCAAGGGUGGCCUGUCCCAGGUCAGUGUGUUCACUAAGAUAGCCCUGGCUCUCUUCGGAAUACUUCCCUGGACUGCAGUUCCACCGUUGCCAGCCGAGAUGAUCCUUUUACCAUCGCAGCUACCCGUGGCUCUGUACAGGUUCGCCAGCUGGGCUAGAUGCACCAUGGUCCCUCUGCUAGUGAUCAGUCAUCACCGACCGGUAUACAAAUUGCCGAACGAGGCCUGCCACAAAUUGAUCAUGGAGCUAUGGCUCCCCCACGCAGAACGAAAUGUGCCUUAUCUUCCACCAGUAAGGCAGGUCCUGAUGAAAAACGGCAUAAGCUGGAAGAGCUUCUUCUGCUUGAUCGACCCGCUGGUCAGAAUUUAUGAAGAAUACAAACCGAGCAUGGUUCGAAAGUAUGCGAUCAAGAAGUGUAUGGAAUACAUCUUAAAACAUCAAGAGAAUGAAGGCGACACUGCGGGCAUUAUACCUCCCUUGUUGUACAAUCCCAUCGCUAUGACGCUGCAAGGAUACUCGUUGGGCUCCAAAGAGGUAACGGGGUGCGUCCAGGCCAUCGAGCGGUUCAGUUGGGAAACUCACGGCCAGUACAGAAUUCAGGCCAGCGUUGGGCCGGUCUGGGAUACUGCUUUCUCGGUUACGGCCUUGCUAGACUGUGGCUGGAGUCCCAACGACGCACGCAUCGAAGGCGCUGUACGAUGGAUGCUAGAUCGGCAAUUGCUCGUGGAGUAUGGCGACUGGAAAAUAUACCGACCGAAGCUCGAGUCCGGAGGCUGGUCCUUCCAGUACUUCAACUCUUGGUUUCCCGAUGUCGACGACACAGCCACGGUUGUGAUCUCGUUGCUCAAGCAGAGUCCGGAUGCAGUUCAGAGUCACAACAUCCAUCGAGCUCUGAGAUGGCUUCUGGGAAUGCAGAACAAAGAUGGCGGCUGGGCAGCGUAUGACGUCGACAAUGAUAAACUUUUCCUGAACGACCAUCCUGCCUCGGAUAUGGGUGCACUGUGUGAUCCCAGCACUCCUGACGUCGCGGGUCAUGUGUUGGAAGCAGUGGGUUUAUAUCUGGAGCUUUCGGAGCAGUACAAGCACACGGAGAUCCAUCGCCGUUUAAGAUCGGAGGCAGAAACUGGCACACGAUUGGGGAUCCAAUAUUUGCGCGACUCUCAGGAGCUUCAAGGAUCCUGGUACGGACGCUGGGCUGUCAACUACAUAUUCGGCACUUGCGGCAGCCUCUGUGGGCUCGCCGCUGUCGGUGUUCCCAUGUCAGAUCCCAUGGUUUCACGAGCCAUCGAGUGGCUAAAAUGGUGUCAAAAUAAGGAUGGAGGAUGGGGAGAAGGGGUAAACACCUACAAGGACAAAAGCCAAAUGGGAAAGGGCAUCGAGUCCACUCCUUCUCAAACUGCAUGGUCGCUUAUGGGACUUCUCGCGUACCUUCCCCCAGAAGACAUGUCGAUCCAAUCAGGAAUUCAAUGGCUGCUUCGAAAUAUUGUUCACCCUUCUGAAGAACCAGCGGAAUCUUACGAGGGUGGACUGCCAAUUCCUACAAACACCACCACUGGAGGCACGUGGAAUGAGAGGCAUUUUACUGGAACGGGGUUCCCCAAACACACAUACGUCAAUUAUCACUUGUAUCGACAUUACUUUCCUAUGAUGGCUCUGGGUAGAUAUCUUCGUUCUUCUGAGGCAACUGCAAGAUUAGGAAUCAGUUCCCUUCGCGAUCAGAAAACGUCGUUUUAGCCUCUGCUUCGUCUUUGCCUUGUCUUGUAAUUACGUGUAUUAAACUUUUUCACAUAAAUUCCUUCUGAGUUUCGACAUC